GCGAAUGCAAAACGCAACACGUUCAGUUAGCUACGAGAAAAAGAAAAGAACGGUUUGUGUAGCCGUCUUCGCUGUUUUUAUUCCCCGAGAACCAUUUAAAAUUGGCCAUGCAGCCUCCAGACGAAGAAAAUCAAGAUUUGAGUGGAAUUCCACGUUCAGGCUCGAUCCUUAACGCUCAAACAAUCGCCAAGGAGCCCGAUUUGGUAACAAUUCAUGAGAACGAACCGCUGACGGCCGAACAACUGGAGCUCGAACGCGAAGAGCUGGAGUUCUCUGAAGAGUUAAACGAGCAAACCCCACUUCUGGGCCGUUCGACAGAGACUGAUCGAAGUUUUGCCGAUAACAAGAGCCUAAGUCAAAGCCAAGCUUCGCUAUUCAUUCCAUCCGUCCAGUUCUCACUCUACUCUGGCCGCGGCGGUGGCGAGAUCGCAAGAUCGCUCGACAACUCCUUACGAGUCUCCAUCCACGAUACCAACACUUCAAGAGUCUCCAAAAACUCCAAGAACUUUACUAUUACUCUGAUCGAGAAGCUAGCUGGCGCGGACGGGCAAGCCUCGGGCAUCUUAGCUGGAUGGAACAUUGUGAAUGUUAUACAAGGUAGUGGCGGGGUGUUGGGCAUCCCCUUCGCCGUUUCUCAAGGUGGGUUUGCCGCUUUAGCGGUCAUCGUCCUCGUGGGUUUGAUGACUUUGUAUACUGGCGUUGUGUUGAUAGACUGUAUGUACGAGGUAUCGCCAAAGAGUCGUCUUCGCAAGCGAGUGCGCGGAAGUUAUGCCGAGAUCGCCGCCGACGCGUGGGGACCCGUGGGAGGGGUAAUCGUGGAUUUCAUGACCGUCGCCUUCUGCUAUUGCACUUGUGUGGUAUUGUUCAUGAUGCUGGGAAAUACCGUCUUUAGCUUUCUCAAGAGCUUUAUGACUUUAGGCUUUGGCCUGAACGAGUGCUAUCUAAUUUGUGCAGCAUUGCUGGUGCCCCUGGUUCUAAUUCACCAGUUGACAGUUCUGGCAUGGUUAAGCAUGCUGGCGGUCCUGUCACUCAUUACAUGUCUCUUUAUCAUCAUUGGUUACUCACUCCAAGAGUGGCAGUCUUGGAAAAUACACAACAUUCCAGACUUUGAUAUUAACAAUUUCCCAGUAGCAAUAGGGAUCAUAGUAUUUUCUUACUGUGGUCAUUCAGUUUUUCCAGGCAUUGAAUCUUCAAUGAGAAAACCAAGAAAGUUCAAAAAGAUAGCCUGUACUUCAUUUACUUCAGUAACUUUGUGUAAAGUUGCCAUUGGCCUCCUUUGCUGCCUUCUCUAUGGUUCUGACACCUUACCUUUGAUCACUCUAAAUAUCCAGAGUGAGGCAAAGAAUGUUGUCAUGAGAAGUUUCAUGGCAGUAUUUAUUAUUGUGAAUACCUAUUUUAGUUUUCCUCUCAAUAUUUUUGUAGCCUCUGAAACACUUGAUUUAAUAGCUCUUCCCAAGUUACCAAGUUGCUCUGUUAACAAGCUAAAACGUGCCAUUUGGAAAAUGCUUACAAGGACAACACUGGUGCUUUCAACUUGUGGCAUUGCUGUCGCUAUUCCCCAUUUAGGCCUUCUUAUGAGCAUCUUUGGUAGUUUGCUUGGAGCUUGUAUCUCAUUUAUUUUGCCAUGUGCACUCCACUUAACCUUAAAGAGGGAUCAAUUAAGGUGCUAUCAAGUUGUACUAGAAGUUCUAGUUAUUAUUUUUGGAUUUUCGGCUGGUAUGUUGGGAUUUGUUUACUCUUGUAUAGCAAUGCAUAACCAGUACUAAGCAUUGUGAGUAUUAGUGAUGGCUGCAUCUAUUUAUUUUUUGCACAACACAAAACAUAAUGAUACAUGUAAGAACUUCGAUAUCAUAAUCUAGGAUAUUGAUUAAAUAAAAUUCUAUCACUGAUGUACUUA